UUCUUCGGCGCGCGCAGCCUCGUAGGCCAGCACGCCCAGCGCCGUUUUGGAACGGCGGCCGCCAGGCAGGCACUGAGACCUGGUGCGCCCCUCUUUUCCCCAGGGCGGGCCGAGAAAGGAGCCGGUUUACGAGGGGACAGGCAGAUGUGGCCGGGGCCCCACCCAGAUGAGCCGUACUGUGUUAAAUGGCCGCCCCAAUCCGGCGCCUGAGAGUUUAAAGGCUUGCCCUGAGGCCCAGAGAUCGAGUCACCGACGAGACUUUCCACCCGUUUUGGCGAAGGUUCCUGACUGACAGCCAGAGCUUGGCUUGGAGCUUGCUGCCCGGCCGGACUCCAGGCAGCCAGUCCUGAUCUUAACCACCUUCACCUGUCUACCCACCUUUGUGCGGAGUAGGGAGGGUGGAGGACUGGUCGGUUCAGCUUGCAGAGAGCAAGUUCUAGCUAGUUUAGGACAUGGAGGGACUUCCUCAUAUUUCCUUUCUUCUUUCCCAGAUUGGCUUAUUCAGGAUUCUUUGCCUUUGCCUGGGAGAACAGUUCAGGAGACAGAUGGCCCCAAGGCUACCAAGAGCCCAGAUCCAGGGAUCACUGACAUUUGGGGAUGUGGCUGUGGCCUUUACCCACAUUGAAUGGAAACACCUGGAUGCUGCUCAGCGGGCCCUGUACAAGGAUGUGAUGCUGGAAAACUAUGGGAAUCUGGUGUCAGUGGGGCUUCUCUCUUCCAAACCCAAACUAAUCACCCAGUUGGAGCAAGGGUCAGAGCCACGGAUGGAAGUACAGCAAGUUCCAUCAGGUACUUGUUCAGUCCAGGAGUACUGGUUUGAAACAAAGGUGUCCACCCUAAAGCAAAAUACCUCCGAAGGAUCUGAUCUGGGAGAACAAACAAAAAUUGACAUGAUGGAGAGAGGCCUGGACUGGGAGGGCAGAAGUUCCGCAGAGAAGACACAUUAUAAAUGUGAAGAAUGUGGGAAAGUCUUCAAAUAUAGUUCCUCCUUUAUUAGCCACCAGAGAAAUCAUACUGGUGAGAAACCCCAUAAAUGUAAUGAAUGUGGGAUAGCCUUUAUGAGCAGCUCAUCCCUUUUAAAUCAUCGUAAAAUCCACACAGGCAAGCAACCCUAUAGAUGUAUUGAAUGUGGGAAAUUCCUUAAGAAGCACUCAACAUUUGUUAAUCAUCAGAAAAUUCAUUCUAGAGAGAAACCUCAUAAAUGUAAUGAAUGUGGAAAAGCUUUUGGAAAGAACUCUAUCCUUUUACGUCAUCAGAGAAUUCAUACCGGUCAGAAGCCCUACAAAUGUAAUGACUGUGGGAAAGCCUUUGCUCAGAAUGUAGCCCUUACUCGUCAUGAGAGAAUACAUAGUGGAGAGAAGCCUUUUACAUGUAAGGAAUGUGGGAAAGCUUUUAGGGAUAACUCAACUGUGUUGGAACAUCUGAAAAUCCAUACUGGUGAGAAACCAUAUCAAUGUAAUGAAUGUGGAAAAACCUUUAGGAAGAGCUCAACACUUGUUAGUCAUCAAAGAAUGCAUACCGGAGAGAAACCCUAUCACUGUAGUAAGUGUGGAAAAUCUUUCAGGUAUAGCUCAUCCUUUGCUGGACAUCAGAAAACUCAUAGUGGAAAUAAACCCUAUCAAUGUAAUGACUGUGGGAAAGUCUUUACGAAGAGCUCAACCCUUAUUGGACAUCAGAGAAUUCAUACUGGAGAAAAGCCCUAUCACUGUAAGAAAUGUGGGAAAUCCUUCAGACAUAGCUCUGGCCUCGUGGAACAUCAGAGAAUCCAUACCGGAGAAAAACCUUAUGAAUGUAAUGCAUGUGGGAAGGCUUUUCCUCAGAGUUCAGCCCUUAAACAACAUAAGAAAAUGCAUAACAAAGAAAGAGCCAUCAAUUGUAAUUAGUGUGGUAAAUCAGGCAAAAGUAAUUAUUCUUUUUGACCGUCAAAGGGGAGACAUUCGACAAAUCACACACUUAACAAAAAUAGUCUGUGUACCUCUAUCCUGGAGAACUUCUCACUUGUGAGGAUGUUCACUGUCGUAUGGUUUGUAUUAGUGAAAUAUUUGAAGAACCUAAAUGUUUAUCAAUAUGGAAAUAGUUACUAUAGAACACUAUGUAGCAAGUAAAAAGAAUGAAGUAGAGCUCUAUAGAGAGCCAUAGAAAUAUCCCAUGAUAUCUUGUUCCAGUUAAAAAAAAGUAAGUUGCAGAAAAUCUACAUAUUGUGGUCCAAUUUACAUUUUAAGAAAUGAAGCUAUUUUGUUUAUAUGUAUAUAUCCUAUGUAUUCAAAAAGAUCUAGUAAAAUAAAGUCCAAAAGUUUUUUAUCUUUAAGAAGAAUGUUUUUAUUGGUGUGAUGAAGUGAAAUUUUUACUUUGACUUUUCUUUUGAAAUAUUUAAUCGCAUAUACAUUAAUGUAUAAUUUAACAUAGUUAAACCUAGUUGUCUUUCUAAAUAAGAAAAUUCAGAAGCCAUAAAAAUAAAAUAAAUAACCACAUAAAAAGUAAAAGCUUUUGUAUGACCAUAGGCUUCAUGGUGUUAAAAUACAAAGAGCCAGACUUGGAGAGAAUAUUAUCACCAUCAUAAAUAACAAACAAUACUUAGAAUAUCUAAAGGGUUCAUAAAGGUACAUAAAAAUAAUAUAAAAAUCCCAGUGGAGAAAUAGCUUGGAAUAUGAAUGUACAGUUGUCAGAAAAAGGAAAUAUAAAUAGUCCAAAAGAAAUAACCAGCUUUAGAGAAAUGUGAAUUAAAAUGAUCAGAUUUUUUUUUUGUCAUUCUUGGCAAAAAUUAAUAAGAUAGAAAAUAUUUUGUACUUUUGAGGGUGCAAGAAAAUAGGCACACUUACAUAUUGUUGAAGGAAUUGUGAAUUAAUGAAGUGUUUGGUGAUGAGAAGCAUAAUUUGACUGUAUCUGCCAACUUUUAGAAAGCUUCUACUCUUUGACUUAACAUUUCUACUUCUUAAAAUCCAAUAAAGAGUAAAGGCAGUCUUUAGAGCACUAUAGUAAUGCACAAUUUGAGUCACCAUAAUAUCUAUCACUAGGGUAAUGGUUAAAUUAAGAUAACAUGCAUUCUCUGGACUACCAUGCAGUAAUUUAAUACAUAGCAAUUAUAAGGCAAUCAUUCAAUCAAUAAACACUUAAUGGGUUAAUUUUUUAACCAACACGGAAAGAUAACCAAGACUUUAAGUGGGAAAAAAGCCAAAUUAUAUAGUGGUGUAGGGCCCCUUUUAUAUAGUUUGUGCAUUACUUCAAUCUUUUAUAAUACAAAUAUAUCAGUGGUAGUUUAAGACAUAAGCUAAAGCCAGAUUAUUUAUGAAUUUUAUAGAACAGAAGGGAAAGGAACUAAACAUUCAACUCAAGAAACUAAAAAUGGUUAGUAUUAAUUAGUAGCACCGUUGGGCAUAUGUGUGUUAUUAGUGGAAACUGGUUAAGCUUUGGAUAGCAGUUUGACAACAUGAAUGUCAAUCUAAAUGUAUGCUUCCAUUGACCCAGAAAAUCCACUCUCAAGGAAAUAAUUUGAUUAGCUUACAAAGCUUAUAUUACUCAUCAUAGCAUUGUUUAUAAUAAAAUCCUGAAAAGAAGUGGGAAAAACACCUAAAUUAGGAAAACGUUUAAAUAAAUUAUAGACUUUCAGACUGGCAUCCCAGUUACUGCUGGCACAUAACAAGCCACCCAAACUUAGUUAUCAUUUUGUUAGACUCACAGACUUUGUGAGUAUCAAGAAUUCAGAAAGAGAGCAUGGCAGGGACAACUUUCUAACAGUGUGAAGUUUGGGUCUCAGCUGGGAAAACUCAAGACUGGCAUUGACUUAACAGUUGCCUGGUUGAAUCAUUUAAGGGUGACACAGUAGAGUAGCCACAAGUGGCUAUUGAGCAGUUAAAAAGAGGUUAGUCUGAGUUGAGAUGUGUUAUAAGUGUAACACAUACAUUGGGUUUUGAAGAUGCAGCAUGACAAACAGAAACUAAAGUCUCUCGGUCAUUUUUAUGUUAUAUAUCAAAAUGAUAUUUUGGAUAUAUAGGUUAAAUUAAAUAUUAAAUUUAUUUAAAAUGAUUUUAAUGUGUCUGCUAGAAAAUUUAGUUAUAUAUGCAACCCAUAUUUGGGGUUCGCAUCGUAUUUCUAUUGGUCAAUACUGAUCUGAAUGCCUUCUCACAAAUUUGGUGGUAGACGCUAUAGGCUAGAACCUCAGGUAGGGCUUUCCGUACAGAGGGCACCCUGGCAGGACAGCUGAAGCUGAAGUAGGUGCAGCCCGGGGCAGUCCUGGGGCUCUCCAUGCAGAGGGUGCCCUGGCAGGAUAGCUGAAGCUGAAGUGAGUACAAGCCAGGAUGUCCUGGGGUG